CAACCGGAUAACUCGAACAUCAAGAAGCGAAGCGCCAGCACGUGGGUCCGGCUGGGGCAAUCUUCUUGUAUCAACGACAACUCCUUUGUCGUUCGUUGUCGUCGCGGAACGAACACACUCUUCCCACGGAUACCCUCGGUUCGCCACGAAAAUUUCUCCGGUUUCACAUCCUAGUGUUACAUAAAAAUCCGCCGAGACAGCGCAUCUCGGUUGACGAGCCACCGUUACUGUCAUCGUCCCCGUAUUUUUAGCGAAGUUUCUCUUCGCGGCCGCCUAACUCUUUCGCGCGGACAAGAAAUUGACGAUUCGAUCGAGAAACACGAUCUCGAGAUCUAAUGAUAUUUCGAUAGAAUUUCAGGAUAAGCUGCCUAUUCAAGGUCUGAUGUUGCUUCUCCUUACAUUCGAUUUCUGACUUUAACGCACGGGGUGGAGCUACCCUGUUAUAAUAAGAAAAAGGGUUAAAUUCAAUUAUAAUUCGUUGGAUUUAACGCAGAAGGAAAGCCAAUAAAGUAUGUACAAUUAAUAGAUCUGGAAAUUAUUACUCAACCGUGACACUGUGAACGAAAGAAAGGAUCGAUUGCAAGAUACAAGUUAAAUAAUCGCUUAAUUUCCCGUCUUCCUUUCUCCCCUUAUCUUUCCACCGAGCUUUUUCACGAUCGAUUGCUCAAUACCGAACGGUCAGUUUGAUUCUAUCCGAUUUUCUGUGUCGUUCCGACGAAACGACAGGAGCUGGAUAUUAAUCGAUGAAAUAAUAAUAAAGGAGAACAGAGAAAUUGGUCGGACGACGAAGUCGGUUGAAAUACGGGUGGACCGUACGGAGGGUGGACGAGAAGGAAAAUAACCGGCAUCAGGCUGGCUCGUAUCGCUUUAUAUAUUCGAAACCGGUCAGGGCUGGCGAGAAAAGAUACGCGCGGGCGACUUUCGCGAUAGACCAGCAUUUUUCGCGGACGCCAAAUAAUAUAAUGGCUUUCACUUCGCGCGAGCCGGAAAACUAGCCGGCCGUGAUACGGGGCUAGGAAUCGCAUCGCAAAGCAAGUCGGCUUAAUUAGCUUUGUGAUUUAAUUAGCGGCGCGUUACUCCCCGCCAACGUUACGGAUUAAGUCAUCCUCGACGAUUUUUCCCAGGGUCGUCUUUCAUUUUUCCAUCUUCUUCUAUUACCCUCUGUCCUACACCGUUCUAUUCUCCUUCUAUUCGUUUCGUGUUUAGCAUUGAAUCGAUGACGAAACCUAUCGAGCUUUAUACGCCGCUCAUCGUCGCGUUUAUCCAACCGCUCUAAACAAAUGAUUCUUCUUCUCGGCUACCGUUUCCAUUGCACAAUUAUGUAGAUCGUGAACGCAGACACGGACAAUGUUAUCUCUGUAAACAUAUCAACGUGAAUUUCUUUUCAGCGAACGAUAGACAAAGAAGUAGGAAAAAGAAAAAUAGAAAAGACUUUGCUGAAGAUCUUACGGACGAGUAUUACGGUUUUAGAAUCGGAUGAGGAACGCGUACCGCCUGAUAAGGAGCCGCUUUUACUAAUGGAAUUUCAACUUGUAAUUAAUCGAACGUCCAUGCUUCUGGUUUCGAAAAACCAGUCUGCGUUUCACCGUUGCGUGAAAUUUGCGGUUCGAUUUGUUCCUUGCGGUAUGAUAAAUUAUGGAGAUUGAGUUCGAUCUCGUAUGGGAUAAGAGGAAAAAUCAAGUUAGAACUGUAGUCGAGUACCUGUCGAAACGGCUGGGUUAAUUGUAGGUUAGUUGGGUUCAAUUUUCAACUAUCUAAUAUUAAGAGACAAUAGUGUAACAGUCGCAUAAUGCAGCGUGGCGAGUAGAAUUAGUAAGUUGAGGUAAUAAGUAAGCGACUGGCAAUCUAUUUAGAAGAGAAUUCAGGUUUCUUAAGGCCAUUGAAAGAGCCGUAAUUCCAAGUCUUUAGAGCGUUACACGUUUGCCCGCUAACGCGAAACUCCUUUUCGAUGCGGGCUCCCUCCGUUUCCACGUAACGAGCGGGCCAUAAUCUGGAUCGCGAGUGUCACCAUUCUUGGAUCUACGACUUUUCCUCUCUUCUUUCUUUCUUUCCACUCUCCACAGAUCGAAUACCACUUUUUAACGACCGCCUCGCUUGACCAGAAGAGGAAAUCAUCGUAGACCGUAUUCGUCUUCUGAUCGCGAUGAUUUUUCGUACAGCUAACGCCGAGAUGCUUUUACCGAGCAACCGAGAGAUCGUGAGAAAUUGCACGCGUUUCAGGGCUAAAUCCGUGCCGACUUUUGCAAUCGAAACUUCCUGCCAGCUAUGCUAGCCACGGUAUAUGCCACACCGCGUUUCAGAACGCGUUGCUGGCGUAAGUUGCGGAUGUUAGGAUGAAAAAAAAAGAAAUGCAACGAUCUUCUGAAACUUCUAUGCACGCGUUUCGAAACUCCUGUCAAUUUCAGUUACUCUGAACUAACUCUCCGAAUAUCUCUGCCCGUCAAAAUCAACAUCGCCAAUAGAUAGUCGAAUCCUUCGAACUCAUCAUUGAUAGACAUUUUCUUCUGCCAGCGAUCGAUGAGACACGCGUAACAUUAGAAUAAAGUUACAUCAUUGUCCGGCGAGAGGCAAGCAACGUGCUCCUCUAUUAUCCUGUUCCUUUGCACCUGUACCUGGUAAUUUGUUAUUCAAAGGAUAGAAAUUGUGAGACGCGAUAUCUGCAGAAGUCGAUGUCAAGAAGAGAGCAUCAAUGCGUUCUUCAGACAAAACUAAUGAUCAAAUAAUUAGCCCAGGCUGCUGUUGUAGGCAAGAUUGUAAGAUUUCUUCAGGAAUUGCGUUCUCUCGUUGGCUAGGUUUUAGCACGGUUACACGAGAGAGCUGUUGUAUAUCGUAGGUGACCAGGUAACCCGGGUGGUGCCUGGUUGCACUUGGUGUGGCCUGCCGUGUGGAUGCCGAGCGUGUAGGCCAAGAUGGUGGGGCGGGUGGAGUAGGAGGCUGUUCUGAUGUGGUAUACCCGUGAACAGAACCCACAACCGGCAACCUCUAUAUCGUCUGUGUAAAGUCCCCUCUUCGUCCCCUAAUGCAGCUGGUGGGACUAGGCUAGGACUGUGCACUCCGCUGCUACGACGUGGAUUAUAGUUUUUCUGGAGGGAGGGUGGUGGAGCGCCUUGCUUUCGAAAGGAUGGUGAUUGUGGAGCGUAGCCAGAGUAGAGUUAGGCGUAUAUAAGGCCCCUCGGCCCGGCCCAAGUCAGUCAUUCACCGGACUACCAGCCCACCAUACACACACCAAACAUGAAGGCCUUUAUUGUGUUCGCCUGUCUGGCAGUGGCGACGGCCCGCGCCGGAAUCGCUCACGGAGGUGGCUACGCUCUGGGUGGUGGACAUGGUGGAAUCGGUCUCGGAGGCGUUGGUCUCGGAGGCGUUGGUCUCGGAGGCGUCGGUCUCGGAGGAGGUGUUGGCCUGGGCGUCGGAGGAGGUGCUAGUCUCACCGGUGGACUCGCGGCAGGUGCUGGUGCCGCCAGAUCUCUGCAAGACGGAGCGUCCAGCUUGGCUUCCCCAGCCCUUGGUGCCAGCUACGCUGCUGGAUCCGCGGCGGCGGCUGGUGCUGCUGGUGUACAACAAAUCGUCUCUGGUGGAGUGAUCGGAGGCAGGGCUGACAUUGGACCCGCUGAAGGACCCAAGGCUAACGUUGGACCCCAAACCGGCCCCUCUGACAUCGUUGGACCCCAAGAAGGUGCCAAGAACGUUGGUGGACCUCGUACCGGUCCAGCUGGUCUCGUUGGACCCGCCACUGGUCCAUUCACCGCUGUCGGUGCCUCUGCUGGUACCUCCACCCUUGUGGGAGGAUCUCAGGGUCGCGCUAACUUGGUUGGACCAUCCUACGGUGGUGUUGCCUUCUACGCUGGAAGCGGUAACAUCAACGGUGACGACGGAAGCUCUGGCUCUGCUGCUGCUGCUGCGCCAUCUGGCCUUGCCGGUCUUAGCGGUGCUGGUGCCAUCGCUGUUGUCGGAGGUGGUGGUGGAAUCGCUGGCGGAAUCGGCGGACACGACGGUGGUGUUGCUGUGAUCAACGGCCCAUCUGGCGCCAUCCACGCCGGACUCGGCUCCCACGGAGCUAUCAUCCCCGGGGGACUCGGCAAGUACUAGACGUUCUAAAGCCCCAGCGAUCUCGGCUCGGCGACGGCGGCAAACCCACCACAGUCACAUACCGGUCUCGAACGAUCCUCAAACGCGCUCAACGGUCUUCUUCCCAAAGCUUCGUCCAAUCUGGGAACAUGGUGAAUAACGCCGGCGUUAGUGGUGUAGUCGGUAUAUAGUCGGAAUAUUAAUCACAAGUCCAGUCGGUAUAUAUCGAGACACGAUGCGAAGCGCGAGACGGAAGCCCGGCAUUGUUGGGCCGUGCUAUCACUUCCACGAUCACGGGCUUAGAUCUCCCCGGGAAGUGUAGAACCGUGGAACCGGCCAUUCGUGAUCCGCGGUUUCGUCUCGUUCUAUCCCUCCGUCGACGAAACCACUCGUUCCCAUCUCGUAAGACGAGGCACGGGUCAAAUUUAGUCAAUUUCCAUUCAUCAAUUGUACGCGACAGAGGUAGCCGAACGGAGCCGCGAUUGCCAGCCACGGCUAACAGUUCCGUGACGACGAUUUACAUCUACGUCGCGAUCUAUCACGUCGACAAAGCCCGAUCGACGAAACGAUCGGCAAUUGGUUCAGCGGUCGAUGCUUUCGUCCUACGAACGAUCCUGAGUCAGUCGCGCCAACACACAGAACGAACAAGAAAAAAAAAAAAAACGAACAACGGAAACACGUUCGACCCGGCCGCCUCCGCCAUGGAUCCAAAGUGGACAAGCUUUGGCGCUUCGUCGUUGGACCAACUGGGUCUGUUCUGUUUUCUGAACACCCACCGUUGCUCCGGCAGCACUCUUAUAUUUUUUUUUUUAUUCUCACUUACGUCUUCCACCAAUCGUAAGGCCGCCGCUCUUCACACACACAUAUAUUUACUAUUCUCUCUCUUUUUUUUCUUUUCUCUCUUCCGAUGAGACCGAACGCUAUCGAUCCUGAUAGGUUCGUUAGAAAUAGGUCUCACAAGUUGUUAUACUCACUGCCGCACUCUCAAGCAUACAUAUUAUUAUUUACAUUACUCGUCCAUGCGCAUAUAUAUGUUCUCUCUUUAUAUAUAUAUAUACAUGUAUAC